UGUAGGGUUUCACAGACCAGUAAAUGAGAUGACAGAAAAGAGCAUUCUCUAGGAAAAUCAAACAAACAGUCAUUUUUCCCAUGUGUAUUGCAUGAUGAAGUGAGUCUGUUGUCUUGUGAAACGUGACAUCGCUGACUUAUGCAGUUGAGUCACAUUAUGAGGCCCUCUGCUCGAUGUCACCUGGGAGUCAACAGCCAUACAUAGAUGCUCUGUGGCCUGGGAAAAUGGUGGCAGGACGGGGGGCUCCCUGGGAAAAUGGGGCAGGGCAGGGGCUCCCUGGGAAAGGAAGCAGAUGUCCAGUGGGGACUCUGGCCCUUAGCAUGACGGAGCAUUCUGCCGUUGAUAAGACCCAGGCUCUCCGGGAACGCGGGGACUCUGGGAAAACUGGGAUCGGAGCGGCUUCUCCUCCCUACACUGCGACUCUGACUGUAACCCUAAGCGUUCAGAAGGAAGAUAGAUGUGCUUUCAUUAAUCCUCCGGGGGAAAUCAGUUUUCCCAGAAACAGCCUUAAAAACAGCAUGAUACGGGAAAAAAGACCAACAGAAACACAGAGGGAUGGAGAAUCGACUGGCCUUCACCAUCUCUGCAUAUAUUUACAUUCUCUUUGCUUCUGCUGGCUUCACAGAGACGUACGUUCCCUGUGACAGGUCCACGUUUGACAAUUAUGUCAAUAACUACUGUAUUCCUGCCUUUAAUCAGUCAAUGGCAUCUACCAGCUACCGAGCUAGGUGCCCCUGGCCCAAUACGAGAAGGUCCUACAUCAUGCUGGACAUGUGCGUGGAGCGGGGGGUGCGUCUGAGUGGGUGUAUGGAGCCCUCCAUUAAGGACGAGGUGUUCCUGGGGAUCCACAAGACCUACUUCCCCCUCUGCACCUACAUGCAGGACCCGGACUUAGGGACCCUGCUCCUGCUGGUCCUGCCCUGCAUCCUCACUGCUCUUAUCCUCCCCUUCACCUGCACUUACCUCACCGCCUGCAGGGCAGCUUAGCAGCUGGACUAGAGACUGCAAUGCAACUGUGACUGUGGACACACACACGCACACGGACACACGUGCACACACACGCAUAAACACACACACCCACGCGCGCACAGUCACAAGCAGACAUACACACACUCACGCGCGCACAGACACAAGCACACAUACACACACUCACGCCUGCAAAUACACAAGCACACAUACACACACGCGCACACACACACGCUUGUGUGCACACGUACACACAAACACACCAGCGAACGCUCACACACACACGCAUACACACAGACACACACGUUAGUGUGGAUGCCAUUGCAUCGAUGAUUGAGGUCACAUUUGCAACUUUGCAACUUACAUUUGCUGUUACAAAUCUGGAACAGAAAGAAAAAGGUCAAAAAAAGAUGGGAUAACUAAUCACAUGGGUAGACUUUUCGUGUGAUUCCAUGAACAGAGAAAUACACAAUAAAUUAAGCCUUUGAGAUGGUUUUUCUAGCAGAAAUCCAAGAGCUUCUGAAAAGCCUUACUGACAUAGUGUAUCAGUGCGGAAAACAGCCUAAAUUCUGAAAGUGUAGGUCAGGCAGUGCGAUUUCUUUCCAACCUUUAAAUAUACACAAAGAUAAACUACCAACUCCAAACAUUUCUGAUUCAAAUACAACUUCUGUGGCUUCGGAAGGGAAAUGACAGUACUCAGGGGAGGGGAAUGAGGUUAAAUCAAGCAGGACAACAUACGGUUUUAAUUAGAUGUAAAGGGGCCCAUUGCAGUUUUCCUGUUCUGAUACAGUAUUUUGGUGCUGGUGCUUUCAGUUGAAUAAACUAUUCGCAGACAAACAUGAACUUGAAACACAUAAUAAAUAUUUAUUUCCAGACAAAAAAUAACAAAUCUUUUAAACAGCUUGAAACAAGCUCUUUACAAUUUGACAAUAAUUGCAAUUUGAACUACUAAUAAAUUACCCACCAGAAUAUUUGAUUUAUUUUUGUGUAUUGCUAAUGCUAAAGUAAUACAUUAUUUACCAUUCAUUAAUUCACAUAAAAAUGUAACUUUUGUUCCAUUUACUUUCAGCCUUUGAUUGCGAGUGAGGUUCAAAGUGCAACAGACAUCAUUCAAAUCUUAAUGCAAAUGACUGGCCUAACUGUCAUGGAUGACAGAUUUUGUAUGUCCUUACAGUGACUAAAACACACAAGUAUUGACUGUAUGUCCUUACAGUGACUAAAACACACACACAUCGAUUGUGUAUGUCCUUACAGUGACUAAAACACACAAGUAUCGGCUGUAUGUCCUUACAGUGACUAAAACACACACACAUCGAUUGUGUAUGUCCUUACAGUGACUAAAACGCACACACAUCGAUUGUGUAUGUCCUUACAGUCACUACAAACACACACACAUAUCGAAUGCGUAUGUCCUUACAGUGAAUAAAACACACGCAUCGAUUGUGUAUGUCCUUACAGUGACUACAAACACACACACACAUAUUGAUUGUGUAUGUCCUUACAAUGACUAAAAACACACACAUAUCAAUUGUGUAUGCACUUACAGUGACUACAAACACACAGGUAAUGAUUGUCUGCUUCUCAAGGACCAUGGAGAACCUAUUGCCAAACAGAACCGUAUGAGUUCUGUACCAUAAACAUACAGUGUAAAUAAAUACAUACAAAAAUAUAAACAGCAAAUCAUCAUUAGCCUCAAAUGCACUGCAACUUAGAGAAUGGAUGCUACCGGUUUACUGGUUUACUGUACUAUCACCAUUAAUGUGCUUUUAAAAUUUGUUUCAUUUUACGGCUCUCAUGCUUAAGAAACCAGGCAAAGGAUGUGGCAGUAUUUCAGUGUCUAGGACAAUAAGAGUGGAAUUUUGUUAGGUCUGGACAGACAUUUGGCUUUCCUGUGAGCGCUCAGCCCUGCUAGUGCUGGUGCACGUGUCGGGCUGUCCUCCACAGGGGAGCACGUGCACUCUCGCACAGAAAAAGAAAACAACCUUUUGGUUUCCGACAAGGAGAGAGAGAGAGCUUUCACCUCUGCAAUUUCCCAAUUUUGGGCAGCAACAUGUCUGCUGCCAUGGUAACUGCCAACACUGCUUCAGACGUGUCCUUCUCUCCGUGACCGUUUGUUGUUCUCCCUGGCGAGAGCGCCCGUUCGAAUGAUCCCUUUGUGUCAGGUCUGGGAUCAUAGAGAUUGAAGUCAUUCCUCGUGAGAACGCGAAGCGUUGAGCCAGUGCCCGAGCACACCCAGAUUCAUUUGGUACUGUUUAGCCUGACAUUUGAGCACACACGCUGUCGCAUUAAAGAGAUGUGGAAACCAUGAAAACACCCCAGAGGAGGCUUACAAAACAAUGCCUGCCUAACCUCACACAUACAUUUAGAAUGCCACUAAACUCUGGUUUCGUUUAAAAAGGGAAACCGAUGCAUCUGAACCAGUUCUGCUCUCGUCUAUCAUGUUAACUGAAUGCACAGUGAUAUUCGAUUUAAUGUGCUAUUUUUUGUUUUGUUUUUGUUUUUGUUUUCCAUGGAGAUGGACGUACUGGGUUUUUGUUUGCGUGCAGAUGUCUUUUAAGGGGCAUUAAAUGCAGCGGUUAAUUCAAUCGCGAUUUUUCACAGCGCUUCAAAUGGAGAAGCAUUCGUUCAAAAAAUAAGAGCGAUUGCACUCCUCUCCCCACAGAAACCGUGAGGACUGAAUGCGUUUAUUAUCUCUCUGAAGAAUGGAAAAUGAAUAAAAUCCUAAAAAAAAGCGGUGGCUUAUAGCCUGGUGCACCUCUAGUGGUGGAAAUGUGAAUUGCAAGUCACCGCAUCGUUCUGUAAACUGAUUCUCGAAAAGAGAAUAAACCGUUCCUUCAGAGAAUCCGCCUAAGUCGGAUCUAAAUAAACAGAGCUGUCCUACGCACAUUUAGUUUGGCAGACGCAGUAACUGAACGGGCCGAGUCAGCCUCUCCUUGCGGUCCUUUCUUCUGACGGGUAUCGCACAGUGGAGGAGGAACACAAUACGUUCAACAGGAUCUGUAAGAUACUUUUGGCACGGGCAGCGACUUCUAUGAUCAGCUGGCACGGCUUAAGAUGAGCAGCAGUGGUUCACUGCUCCCAGCCACAUCACAACAUUAUGGCAAGGUUGCAGUGACAUUGUGGCAGAGAAGCGUGGGACGUCGUGUCUAGUGAUGUAUUUUCGUUCAAAUCUUGGGGAAAGUUGGGGGAUUGUUGUGUCUAGUGAUGUAUUUUUAUGUAAAUCUUGGGGAAAGUUAGGAAAUUGUUGUGUCCAGUGAUGUAUUUUCAUUUAAAUCUUGGUAAGUUAUGGGAUCAUUGUGUCUUGUGAUGUUUCUGUGUUUAAAUGUUGGUAAAAGUUAUGGGAUUGUUGUGACUUGUGAUGUAUUUGGAUCGCAAACACAUCCUUAAAACUUUUUUUUUUUCUGCUCGAAUAAAGCACAGCUGUAUUCUGUACUUAUCUAAAGCACAAAGUUAUGA